GUACGAUGUUGGUUUCUGAAACCCAAACAUGAAGACUCCUAACAUCGACAAACUGGCAACAGAAGGGAUCAUCUUUGAGAGCGCAUAUGUCCAGCCUUAUUGUAGCCCUUCCCGCACGGCCUUCAUGAGUGGAAUGUUUCCAUUCAAGGUGGGCAUGCAGCACAAAGUUCUGGGUGCUGGUCAGGCUGCUUGUGUGCCUCUCAACUACACCUUUCUGCCACAAGAGUUGAAGAAACUCGGCUACGCUACACACAUGGUCGGCAAGUGGCACCUGGGCUUUUGCAAAUGGGAGUGUACACCAACGUACCGAGGGUUCGAUAGCUACUUCGGUUACUACAGUGCUGAGGAAGACUACUUCAAUCACAGCAAGGGUGCCUAUUUGGACUACCGAGAUAACAAACUUCCCGCUUGGGAUUACAGAGGAGAGUAUUCGGCUUAUACAUUCGCCCAGAAAGCUAUUGACAUCAUCAACGAACACAACGUCUCCCAGCCUCUGUUUAUGUACCUGCCCUAUCAGAGUGUACAUGCUCCUAUUGAGGUUCCUGAAAAGUACUUCAACAUGUAUCCUAAUGUGAUGAACGAAGGCCGUCGAACAUACUCAGGGAUGGUUUCUGCCCUCGACGAAGCAGUUGGAAACGUUACAGAGGCGCUUAAAGAGAGGGGGCUGUUUGAAAACACACUUAUUCUGUUCACAGCCGAUAAUGGUGGUCCUAUCGGAAGCUAUGCCAGCAACUGGCCUCUGAGAGGAGGGAAGCACACAAUCUGGGAGGGGGGCACGAGGGGGACGUCCUUCAUGUACGGUACUGGAUUGAAGAAAACCAAGACAACUUACAAUGGAAUGAUGCAUGCUGUAGACUGGAAGCCCACCUUGGUGUCAGCGGCUGGUGGAUCUCCUGAGACGUCAAUCGAUGGUAUAAGUCACUGGGAAUCCAUCAGGAAUGGCCAUGAGUCGACCAGGACCGAGUUCAUAUACAACCUUGACGACUUCGAACCUGCAACGGAAGGACAUGCUGGAAUAAGGGUUGGAGACUACAAGCUGAUAAUGGGCUACCCAGGUGGACCUGAUGGUUGGCACAAGCCUAUGAACCGGACAGAGAAGGACAUCUAUGAGGAGACUGUAUAUUUUAAAGGCGAUAGUCCAGUGCAUCUCUACAAUAUACGUGAGGAUCCUACUGAGCAUAACGACCUGGCAGCACAGAUGCCGGACAUUGUUGACAAACUAAGAGCCCGGAUAGAGGACUACCGGAAGCAGAUGGUCCCCGCCCUCUUCCCUCCUAAUGAUCCUGCAUCCAACCCUAAAAACUUCGGGAACGUCUGGAGCCCCGGAUGGUGUUGACCUUUGACCUAUUUUAUGAAAUACUAUUUUAAUGGCGUAAUCUGUAAUCUGGCGUAAGUUCUUAAAUGAUAUGUAACUAAGUGUAGGCUGACUUUCAUUUUAAUACAGUAAUCUGUAACAAUAUGUUCAUUAUUCUACAUUCUGUGCUGGUAAUAAAUAACGGUCUGUCUUUGUUCACUUUGUGUUUGUUAUACAUGAUAAGUAAAAUUUCACAGUU